AUAACCGAACUCGCAGAACUAGUCGGAAUCAUUUCGUUUCAAGAUGCGCUUAUUCUUAAAGAGAACCGCUUUUCUCAUACCGCUUCUCGUCGUACGAUACAGUCAAGUUUUCGGAGCCGGUGAUAAGAGUCGGGAGAAAUGUAAGGAAUACGCAAGUUUUGUCUACGCAGAUGAAGAAGUUCCAGUUCUGCGAAUAAAUGCCGGUAAAAGUUCGGUUUCGCGUUGCGGUAUCGUCGAGGUUCCGCUUAUCAUAGGUGGAUCAAAAGCUGUUAGAAAAGAAUUUCCACACAUGGCGCUGAUCGGUUUCGGUAAUUCCACCAUCUCGUGGCAGUGCGGAGGAUCUCUGAUCUCCGAAAGCUUCGUCUUGACUGCUGCCCACUGCUUGGAAUCUCGCAACGCAGGACCGGCUACGAAGGUGAGAGCCGGAUUAACGAAUCAGAAAAAUCCGGAGGACGGGAUGCAGGAGAGAAACAUCGCGGAAAGGAUCAAGCAUCCGAAAUAUCAGCUGCCUGCCCGCUACCACGACGUAGGUUUGAUCAAAGUCAAUGAGCCGUUUGACCUGAACUCUGAAAUUCGUCCGGCUUGUCUUCACACGGAGAACGAUAUUCCCGGCACAAAAGGAAUAGCAACUGGCUUCGGAAAGCAAGCUUUCGAGCGCGAAAAUGGCAGCGACGAUCUCAUGAAGGUGCAGCUGACUUACGUGCCGGAAAACGAUUGCAGGAAAACUUUCAAGGUGGAUAUUGGCGGAAGACAACUGCCCGAUGGUCUGAUACCGAGCUUAAUCUGCGCCGGUGAAUUGGGCGGUGGCAAAGACACCUGUCAGGUGAUUGGAGGAUUCGAAAUGAAAUCGUUUUCCGCGUUUCCUUAUCGACUUCCGAUAUCUUUACAGGGUGACAGCGGCGGGCCCCUUCAAAGGGUCCUAAACGAUCCCUAUUGCAUGUACAGCAUUGUGGGUGUAACAAGUUUCGGAAAAUUUUGUGGGUUCAAAAAUUCACCAGCCAUAUACAGCAGAGUUGGUUCCUACAUCGACUGGAUCGAAAGCAACGUUUGGCCUUGAAUAAGUCCGACUUUUUAUUGUUAUUCUCACUCUUUAAUUAUUUAUAAUUUUGGUUUUCUUCGAAAUUUUCAACCUCGAAGAGAAGACAAAAAGAAAUAGCAGUAAAUCUUGUUUUUCGGAGAUUUCUUUUGCUCGUCAAAUAUAUUUGACUGUUUUUCUUU